GUAUCUGCGGCUGAUCUAUAAUUAGUAGCGGUUUUAGAUGUAUUAGAAGUGUCGAGCCGCUCACAACGAACAAAACAAAGAUGUCAAGAAUAUACGACGAAGUGGACUCGGGCUAUGCUGAAGCAUGCAGUGACGUCACAGUUUGUUCUAACAAGAAAGGGUUCUUCAAAGACUUAGCGAAUGAAGUAGUAUCUAUCGCGGAAUCCACCGGCUUUUUGAACACAUUUGACGAAAUCGAUGAACGCAGCAAGGUUAAGGCUGUUAUGGAAAAUGAACCGAUAAUGACAACUCUCCAAACGGUAUUUUCACGUAUAGAGCCUAUUUACCGUGGUAAAGAUGCAAGAGUUUCUUAUGAAAGAAGAAUUGCUGCACAAGCUGCUUUAAAAGAAAAUCAAUUGCCCAAGGCGCUGUCAUUAGCCAGCCAAGCUGUUCUUCGAUCUACUAUGACUGGUGUGGAUGAAGUUAUUGAUGGUGGCGUGACCCUUGCUCUGGCGCUUUGGGUUAGGUCAGAAGUUCUAUUGAAACUCGAAAAGCCAAACGCUGCGUUGGAAGAUCUAAAACUUGCGUUAAAGGAACGCCUUCCUGCGAAGAUGCGAGCGCAAUACUAUUGGCGAAUGGGCCACUGCUAUAAAGGAGCACUAGAGCCAACAAGAGCCAAAGUGUCUUACGAGUUAGCUGGACGGCUGUUGGGCAACAAUGAAGAGGCGAAAAUUGAAUUGCAAAAGGAUAUAGAAUCACUCGACCACACACAAAAUAAAUCGGCUACAAAAUCGUCUGGCAUAACUCUAACGGGCGGUGCUAAGAUGAACAAACCCGCAUUAUCAAAGUUAGUCAAAAUAACUGAAGAAGAAAAUAAGGGACGUUUUGUUGUCGCAAAUGAUCAGAUAAAAACCGGCGAUGUCCUUUUAGUUGACAGUCCCUACGCAGCGUGCCUCAUAUCUGAUUAUUACGGCUCUCAUUGUUUGCACUGUUUCAAAAGGCUCGAAAUCUGUGACAAUGGAGCUCCAAUUUGGUGUCCUAUUUGUUCCGGUGUCGCGUUUUGUAGCGUCGAAUGCCGCGAUGUUGCUGUAACGACUUACCACCCUCAUGAGUGUAAAUUCAUAGACAUUUUUAUAGGAUCUGGCAUGUCAAUACUCAGUCACAUUGCUCUACGGAUGAUAACACAAGCAGGCUUAGAGACGAGCUUACAAAUCUACUCAAGUUACGUCAAUAACGGUAUUAAAACCGUCGAAGCUACGAUCGUAAAUGAUAUCGAAGGAUCCGCGAAGAAGUCAAGGAUAAAAAGUAGAAAGGAAAGAUUAAAUAGAUCGAGAAAAUAUCACAAGAAUUUUUCCGAUCAAAAUGUAAAUUGCGAGGCAAAAAGUGUGGAAGAUAAAGAGAGCUAUCAAGACAAAUUAGAGAUGACAGCUGCACAAAUAUAUUCCUUAUGUACUCAUUCUACUUUGAGAAAAGGGCGGGACUAUCUCAAACGGGUAGUAAUGGCGAUGUUUCUCACUGAAUGUUUAAAGAGAAGCGGCUUUUUUAAUAAAUUGGAUAUAGAAAGCGAGAUAAAAGCUAAAACCUCUAUAUGCGAGCUUAUUAUUCACAACCUACAACUCCUACAAUUCAAUGCCCAUGAAAUUUAUGAGACAGUAAGGGGGCAACACCAGUUUUCUGGAUCAAAGCCAGUAUACAUUGCAGUUGGAAUUUAUCCUACAGGCGCUCUAUUUAAUCAUGAAUGCUACCCAGCCGUAGCCAGGUACUUCGAAGGAAAGAAGAUUGUCCUUCGUGCAAUCCGACCGCUUAGUCCUGGGGCCACGGUCUCUGAAAACUAUGGCCCACACUUCCUUGUGCGGAGUUAUAAGGAGAGGCGAAGAGCUCUGGCUUGCCGAUAUUGGUUCCAAUGUGAAUGUGUCGCGUGUCGAGAAGAUUGGCCGACGCUGAAGCAAAUGCAAUCCUUGACUCCAUAUUUACGUUGUCCCAAUACGGAUUGUACUAGUAAGUUCCAAGCAAACCCGAAGAGCUUGCCAAGCAAAUGCUCUAAAUGUUCGACAGUGAUCGAUCCCAAAUUGAUUAAAAUGUGCAUGGAAACUAUUGACGAAUGUCAAACACUGUAUCAAGAAGGUGCAAAACUGAUGGAUCAGGAAAACCUUGAGGCGCUAUCAUCACUUUGCAAAGGCGUCGAUUUGUUUCACGAGGUUGCCACCCCUCCACAUCGUGAUACUCACCUCGCACAAGAAUCGCUUAGAGUUUGCUUUGCAGCAGCUGGCAACAUUUAUAAAGUUCCCGAAGCUAGCAUCUAAAAAUAUUUAUCCCUAGUAGCUAGCUAGCUAACUCCUGUUAGGACAACUUAGAUCGUUAGAAAUUGAAGUCAAUAGUACUAAUGCUGUUAUAAACUCUCACCCGUCUUCCGGGGCAUGCCUCAAGUUACAAGCUGAGUCUAUACUAUCAUAAGAAAUUCUGAGGUGUAGAAUGUAUAAGAAACUAAAGCACAGAAGAAUAUGAUACUAUUUGUUGCCUAACACUUCAUCAAACCAUUCCUGAGAUCCGAUAACACCCACAGACUUUGACGUAGCAAAAAAUGGGGGUUCACAAUUCAAAUGCGGGUUUGUACAAAUAUUAAUAUGGUCUGAUAGUGUUGAACUGAAUUUUGCUUGACUUCACCUAUUCAUGUAGACAAAUUAAAAGCUAACCAACAGGUACUAU